AUGGGUCCUCCAUAUGAUCCUUUUGAUAAAUGGUGUCCAUAUCUUAAUGAAGAUAAAUUUAAUUAUUGUAAUCAAAGUUACUAUGAUGUUGGAUAUACUAAAGAAUUAUUUCGUCCAACUUGGAUAUUUAAUAAUUAUGGUAUUGAAUAUCCAACAGCAACAAAUAUAAUAUUUUCAAAUGGAAAAUUAGAUCCUUGGUCUGGUGGAGGAUGGAGACAAACAACAACAAAUGUUGGUUCAUUAUAUUCUUAUGUUGUAGAAGAUUCAGCUCAUCAUUAUGAUCUUCGUGGUAAACAUCCAUUAGAUACACAAUCAAUAAAAGAAUUAAGAAAUAAAGAAAAGUAUAUAAAUUAA